AUGGAGGAAACUGAGAUUGUUAUUGUAGGAAUGGGUAUCAUGAUAGAGUUUAAGCUAAAAAAUUACCAAUAUGUCCUGGCCUUGGUUUUUGCCAUAGAAGAGAUCAACAAUAACCCCCAUUUUCUCCCCAACAUAUCUCUGGGAUAUGAGUUCCACAAUGUCCAGCACAGUGAAUGGAGAACAUUGGAGAGCUCCCUCACUUUGCUCACAGGGCAGGACGAGGUCCCCAAUUACACCUGCAGGAGGGAGAGCAAGUCUGUAGCUGUUCUUACAGGAACAACAUGGGAAACAUCUAUCCAGACUGGAACACUACUGGAACUCUACAAAUUUCCACAGCUAACCUUUGGCUCUUUUGACCCUAUCCUCAGUGACAAUGAUCAACUUCCCUCUCUCUAUCAGAUGGCUCCCAAAGACACAUCUCUAGCCAUUGGCAUGGUCUCAUUGAUGCUUUAUUUUAGCUGGACAUGGGUGGGACUGGUCAUUGCAGAGUGUCAGAAAGGUCUUCAAUUUCUCUCAGACUUGCGGGCAGAGAUGGACAGGAACAGAGUCUGUGUAGCAUUUGUAAAAAUGAUCUUAAACAGUUACAUCCAAAACGAAUCAAAUAGACUAACAUAUGAUUUAUGGACCAGAGAAACAUCACCAGCAAAUGUUGUUAUUAUCUACUUUGAUACUAAUACUGCACAUGAUGCUGGAUUUUACACUGGGAAAUAUUUAGUGACAUGGAGAGUCUGGGUCACAAACUCACAAUGGCAUCCUGACAUCUUUGGGAAAAAUUUCAUAAUUGACUCUUUCCAUGGAACACUCAUUUUCUCACUCCAGCAUGAGGAGAUUUCUGGUUUUAAAACUUUUAUCCAGACAGCUACCCCCUCAAAAUAUCCAGAAGACAUUUACUUCACUAUAUUUUGGUCCAUGAACUUUGACUGCACUUUAUCUAAUUUUGAUUGUACAUUGAGGAACUGCCCAGCUAAUGCUUCUCUCAUGUAUCUUCCUGUAAGUCGUUUUGACCCUGCCAUGAGUGAUGAGAGUUAUAAUAUCUACAAUGCUGUGUAUGCCAUGGCCCAUGCCCUCCAUGAAAUGCUUCUUCAACAAGUUCAGAUGCAACCAAGAAAGAAUGGUGAAUUGAAGGGAUUUUCCCCCUGGCAGUUACACCACUUUCUGAAGGAACUUCAAUUUACUAAUCCUGGUGGAGGCCAAGUGAACAUGAAUGAGCAAAGGAAAUGGGAUGGAGAGUAUGACAUUCUCAACUUUUGGAAUCUUCCAGAGGGUCUCAGACUUACAGCAAAAGUAGGACUCUUUUCCCCACAUCUCCCACGUAGUCAACAAUUGUCUUUAAAUGAGGAUGUGAUAGAGUGGGGCACAGGAAUUACAGAGACUCCCCACUCUGUGUGCAGUGAGAGCUGUCAUCUUGGAUUCAGGAAAUCCCCUCAGGAAGGACGGGCUGCCUGUUGUUUCUAUUGUAGCCCUUGCCCAGAGAAUGAGAUCUCCAAUGAGACAGAUCUGGAGCAAUGUGUGAAGUGCCCAGACUAUCAGUAUGCCAACAUUCAGAGAACUCACUGCCUCCAAAAAUCUGUCACUUUUCUGGCUUUUAAAGACCCCUUGGGAAAGGGUCUGGCUGGCACAGCCCUGAGCUUGGCUAUUCUCACUGCUGCUGUUUUGGGGCUCUUUGUGAAGCACCGAGACACUCCCAUAGUCAAGGCCAACAACAGGGCUCUCAGUUACACCCUGCUCAUCUCACUCAUCUUCUGUUUCCUCUGCUCCUUACUUUUCAUUGGCCGUCCCAACACAGCUACCUGCAUCCUCCAACAAACUACAUUUGGAGUUGUGUUCGCUGUGGCUGUUUCCACUGUCUUGGCCAAAACUAUCACUGUGAUUUUGGCCUUUAAGGUCACUGCUCCAGGCAGAAGGAUGAGGCAGUUGCUGGUAUCAGGGGCACCUAACUACAUCAUCCCCAUCGGCUCCCUGAUCCAGCUCACUUUCUGUGGAGUUUGGAUGGGAACAGAGCCACCUUACGUUGACACAGAUCCACACUCUGAACAUGGCCACAUUGUCAUCAUGUGCAACAAGGGCUCACUCACUGCCUUUUACUGUGUCCUGGGAUACCUGGGCUCCUUGGCCCUGGUAAGCUUCACUGUGGCUUUCCUGGCUAGGAACCUGCCUGACACCUUCAAUGAAGCCAAGUUCCUGACCUUCAGCAUGCUGGUGUUCUGCAGUGUGUGGGUCACGUUCCUCCCUGUGUACCACAGCACCAAGGGGAAGGUCAUGGUGGCCAUGGAGGUCUUCUCCAUCUUGGCCUCCAGUGCAGGGCUGCUGGGCUGCAUCUUUGCCCCCAAGUGUUACAUUAUUUUGUUAAGGCCAGAUAGGAAAUCUCUGCAUGGGUUCAGAGACCAAACACAUUCUGAAAAGAAUAAAAAAAUUGGUCUAUGUCUUACUAAACCAGUCCCACCCAGUCUCAUAGAGGACAGCUGGUUAUGUCUUUCCAUUUCCUCAGCCUUCAAAAGAACCACUCUCGUCUCACCCCAACUUUGGGAAUUGGGUACAUCAGCUUAUUAUCCUACUGUAGACCUCAAGAACCCUCCUUCUGCUAAGUUUGCUGCUUCACCCAAAGGAGACUUUUAUAGAGAAAGCCAGGCCACAACACAGAGACUUAUAUUUGAUUCUAUUUCUACUGAUGUUAAACUCACCUUCCAGGACCUCCUCUGUAUAAACUGGCCCUCCCUUCCAGGGGGUCUCCACUGCUCUGCUGUUUUGAGGUCUCACUACACUGACACAGAUGUACACUCUGAACAUGGCCAUAUCAUCAUUCUGUGCAACAAGGGCUCACUCACUGCCUUCUGCUGUGUCCUGGGAUACCUGGGCUCCCUGGCCCUGGUGAGCUUCACUGUGGAUUUCCUGGCCAGGAACCUGCCUGACACCUUCAAUGAAGCCAAGUUCCUGACCUUCAGCAUGCUGGUGUUCUGCAGUGUGUGGAUCACCUUCCUCCCUGUUUACCACAGCACCAAGGGGAAGGUCAUGUUGGCCAUGAGGUCUUCUCCAUCUUGGCCUCCUGUGAAGGGCUGCUGGGCUGCAUCUUUGCCCCUAAGUGCUACAUCAUUUUAG